AUGUCGAUGUUAAAACUAGCAAGAAAUACUUGUAGGAAACGUCGUCGCAUCCAAUUUCAUUUCGUAAUUGGAAUUUUCAUUUUGUUUUCAUUUGGCUUCGUGUACCGAAGAUUGACGAAUACUCCUUCCUUUGCUAACGGUUUGUCAAACCCCACCCAGACAUUGAAAGACAAUGAAACCGAGAAGUCUGAAAUUAGAUUUACCAAAGAAAUAGAAGAGGAUAGAAGCAUUAUUGCUUGCAAAGUUCCUAACGUAGAUCCAUUCCAUCCGAGUGUGGUUAAGUUUAUAAGGGAUGUUGGAAAACUAAAUUGCCAAGGACCGAGGUUUUCAAGUUAUGACAACAACGUGCUUCGGAUUGAAGGCCAAGGGCUUGUUUCUGCGCAGUACAGAAAGAUUUUACGGGCUCCUGGAAACGACUUCAGUGUUGUGUUAUCGGAUCCUGUAAACAUUCAAAACGAAACAAGCGAUCAGAAAGGUAGUUUUCAUGGUGAAGCAGCGGUGGAUCACGACUUUAUCCGAGUCGAGGUCGUGACGUCUUCGGGAGCCACGAAAAGUGACGUACAUAUGCACGUGUUUCCUAAACAGGAAGUUCUCAAAAGGGAACAGAAACCUGGCGGUAUUCCACUAAAUGUUGCGCUAGUUAUGUUUGACUCUACUUCAACUGCUAACUUUAAACGAAAAUUACCCAAAAGCUGGAAACAUUUGACUACGAAUUUAAACUCUAUUGUUAUGCGAGGUGAGACAAUCGUUGGAGAUGGCACUACUGCCCAGCUGGCUGCAAUGUUAACUGGUUUACCGGAGAAAAACCAACAGGAGGCACGAAAGAGAAAAAGUUCAUCGAAAACUGUCGACAGCUGGCGGUGGAUUUUUAAAGAUCUAAAAGAAAAAGGAUACGCCACUUGUUUUACAGAAGAUUCACCAGGAACUGCAGCGUUCAAUUAUCGCUUAAACGGUUUCCGAGACCCUCCUACUGACCAUUACGGCAGACCAUUCUGGAUGGAGGCAGACAAACUUUUGAGAGCACAUUGUGUCAACAGCCGAGCAUCUCACAAUGUAUCUUUUGAAUAUCUACUGAGUUUCUUCCGUAGAUAUAGGGAUCGGCCGAGGUUUGCGUUCGCCUCACACGGUGCAAUUUCUCAUGAUGACAUAAACACGAUUGGCUACGUAGACGAUGAUCUAAAAAUAUUUCUCGAUGAGUUUGAGAAAGAAUCAUUCUUAGAUAAUACAAUGCUGAUUAUUUUCAGUGACCAUGGAGCGCGCUUCUCAAAUUUGAGGAAAACACUUCAAGGUAAACUCGAAGAAAGGCUUCCAUUUAUGUCAAUCACUUUACCGAAAUGGUUUCAAGAAAAGUACCCAGACCUCAACAAUAAUCUCGUUUACAAUUCGCAUAUUCUUACAUCACCGUUUGACGUUUAUGCUACUCUACGUCACAUUCUUUCAUACCCACAGUAUCCAAGCGGAAUUAUCACUGGUCAGAGCCUUUUUAGCCGAAUUGAGAGGACAAAUCGCACAUGUGCAAGUACAGGUGUAGCAGAUCAUUAUUGCCCUUGUCUUGACUUGGAAGCCGUGUCACUCGAUGAGCCCGUUGUCAAAGAAAUAGCAGCUUUUGUCUUAAAGCAUAUUAAUGAUCUGACGUCACAUACCGAUGAAUUAUCAAAACUGUGUCAGCGGUUGCAGUUGAAGGAAAUAAAGAGCGCGUUUCGUGAGAUGCCGAAGGAAGCCCUGCAAAGAUUUGAAAGGGCAAAGCACGCCGCAGAUGACAGAUGUGACGGCUGCGAAGCGCUGUUGGGCCAAAAGACUGAAAACACUCUCGUCAGGGACACUUUAUAUCAGAUACAAUUUACAACAUCUCCGAACGAAGGAUUUUACGAAGUUUCGGUUCGAAUGAAGCAAGGUGUUCCUGAACUUACAGCGGAAAUAAGUCGGAUUGAUGCUUAUAAAAACCAGGCAGACUGUAUCUCACACAAUUUUCCUCUACUUCGGAAAUACUGUUACUGUUCGACAAUUUCUUCAUCUAGGGUGAAAUAAUCAGUUUGCUCUCUGUGAAGACCUUGACUCAAUAAAGUAAACUCAAAAUCUUGGA